AUAAUUCAAUACUUCGUUCGUUCGUCGUUGUUUUCAAACUUGCUUGUGAUACCCUUUGCUUUAGAUAAAAACUUGUGAUAAUAGUUGUAAGAGAAAGAAACUUUGUUUCGUUAGAGGAAUAAAAGAAGAUGCAAUAAGAGAGAAAGGAAGAAAGAGUGCGACUGUGUGAGAAGAAUAAGUGAGUGAGUGAGUGAGUGUGUGUGCUAGUGAAGAGAAGUGUGAGAGAAGGGGGAGGACCGGUGGCGCCAUCGACGGCGCACACGUCCCUGUCGAAGAGAGAGGUGCGUCUGUGACUGACUCCGGUGGUGUUUAUUCGCGCUCGACUCUCCUUCUCGUUCCCUCUUACUCGCACCCCGCGCACGCCAUCCUUGUAGUUGAUCGGCGUAAUCCUUGGUUUUGGUCACGUCACUUUCGUCAUUGUCAUCGAUGUAAUUUUCGUCAGAGUUGGUCGUGAUCUGUGUUGUGAUUUUGGUGGUAUCUUCGAUAUCAUCAUCAUCGUAAUAUAUAUCGUGUGUGCCGUUGCUUUACUGCCGCUCUCUUUUGGUGUACGACAGAGAGAAAUAUAAAGUGAGAGAGAGUGAGAGAAUGAGGAGGAAAGGGAGAGAGUGAGAGAGAGGAGAGAGAGAGGAAAGAGAGAGAGAGAGAGAAAAAGAGAGAGAUAGCGCGCGUGUGCGUGUGAGAGAGCGUGUGAGAGAGUGUGUGCGCGUAAACGCGUCGUGUGCGCGUCGUGUGCGCGUCUGCCACCGUUGUCGCUGUUCUCCGCUCCGCUGUGUUUUGGCCUGUCGUCAAUCCAUGAACGCUUUUUUUUCUACAGUGCAAGGAUGAAUGAGACUUGAGCGGGAUGUCGGGCCUCCGCACGCGUCCCUCGCUCGGUCCGCGUUCGUUUAACGGCGCGAGCUCGUGCGGGACGUUCUGAGAAGGCCGUAUGACCAACACGAAAUAUAAGCGUGACCGCGAAGAUGCCGGCGUCGCGACCCAGACACGGCGGUUCCUCAUUUUACCUUAGAGAAUCUAACUACCUUCCGGAAAGUACGCGCGCGAGAGCCAGCUUACGCUCGAGAACGCCGAGAGAACAGUGAUCUGUGUUGUGCGCGAAUUUCAAGGGAGCACUCCCACUUAGUUCUUACUCGUUAAUCGGUCUCCUACGACAGAUUGGAGGUUAGGUUACCGGUACAUAACCUAUAAUCCUUUCACUUUUCUAUUUUAUUAACCCUCUCACAAGGAAUAUUUUUGCCUUUGUACGAGAUAACGGUCUUAAUUAUACGAUUGCUCUUUAAGUAGAGUCUUUUUUUUCUCAUUUUUUUUUCUUACCAACUGUUUUCAAUCUUGUGCUGAAUCUUACUACAGUGUGUGAUCAGUGUUAUGGAAUGAAUCAGUGGAAUAGAGGACAAUGAAGGCCAAUGGGACGAAUAAUGGCUGCAGCCGCCUGAACACGCCAUUGGCACCCACCACCACGCUGGAGGAUCCAGGGACACCAGCCUCCUGGAAGGGCCCACCGCCCGGCUCAGAGGCAUCACCUUUUACGCCUAAUUCUGUUGGUCAGGGUGGAGGUCCGGGUUCGGGCCCUUAUAAUAAUACUGGUGGGCCACCUAGUAAUGCCGGUUUUCAAGGACCAAGUCCAUUCCCUGGUGGAGCUGGAAGUCCAGCGGGUGCGCCACCUUAUCAAGGGCCACCACCAGGUUCAGCAACACCUCAGUACACUGCAUCUCCAGCACCUAGUGGUUCGUCGACUCCUGGUCCAGGACCACAGCCAAACUCCUCCGGAUUUCCACCUCCACCUAACAAUUCCGGGCCACCGUACAACGGGCCCGGACCUAGUCCAUUUGGUUCACCCUCUGGAGGACCGCCUCAGUUUGUCGGUAGGCCCGGUUCUUCCGGUCCACCGUUCGUACCCCCAGGAGGUAGUAAUCCUCAUUUUUCUUCACCUGGUCAACCUUUUGGUGGGCCACAGUAUGGUAUGCCACCUGGGAGUCCCUUUGGACCCGGAGGACAUCCCAUGACGGGUCCGAUGGGGCCUGGACAUCCAGCCAUGAUGGGUCCUGGUGGUCCCGUCGAUAGAAUGGACCAAGGAUCGUUGCCUGUCCCCAGGAGGCAUACUCCGUACUUCGGACAACCGGACUACAGGCUCUACGAACUGAACAAGAGGUUACAGCAGCGCAAUGACGAUAGCGACAAUCUUUGGUGGGACUCGUUCGCGACAGAAUUCUUCGAGGACGAUGCCACACUAACUCUUACCUUCUGUCUUGAGGAUGGUCCGAAGAGAUACACGAUAGGAAGGACGCUAAUACCUAGGUACUUCCGUUCGAUAUUUGAGGGUGGAGUAACGGAACUUUACUAUAACAUGAAGCACCCGAAGGAGUCGUUUCACAACACCAGUAUAACGCUAGACUGUGAAAACUGCGUCAUGGUCACGCAUCACGGCAAGCCAAUGUUUACGAAGGUGUGUACAGAGGGUAGGUUAAUAUUGGAGUUCACCUUUGACGACCUCAUGAGGAUAAAGUCAUGGCACAUGUCGGUGAGAGUGCAUCGAGAGCUGGUACCAAGGUCGGUUGUAGGCUUGCAGCAAGAUCCUUCGGUACUCGAACAGCUCAGUAAGAACAUCACCAGACAGGGUAUCACUAAUUCUACUCUGAAUUAUCUGAGGUUAUGCGUAAUUUUGGAGCCGAUGCAAGAACUAAUGUCGAGGCACAAAGCAUACGCGUUAUCACCAAGAGAUUGCCUAAAGACGACCUUGUUCCAGAAAUGGCAGAGGAUGGUUGCCCCGCCGGGUAAGAGAGAAUCUCAGAGGCCAGCAAGUAAAAGAAGAAAGCGAAAGGGCAGCACUUCCGGGCCGGGAAACAACGCUCCCCCUGCGCCAAGUAAAAAGAGGUCUCCGGGGCCAAAUUUUUCUUUAGCGUCGCAGGACGUGAUGGUCGUGGGUGAGCCAUCUCUGAUGGGUGGCGAAUUUGGUGACGAGGAUGAACGUUUGAUAACGAGGCUGGAAAAUACGCAAUACGAUGCGGCGAACAGUCUAGACCCACACAGUCACGACGCGACGGGUGGUCCGCCUCCGCACCCUCAUCAAUUUCAUUCGGAGCCAACACCGGGUAACUCUUGGCCACCAGACCGUGGCCCUGGUCCUGGACCUCCGCAAGGUGGACCUGGUAGUCAGGGCAUCCAGGGUACGCAGGGAGGCGGAUCUUCGGGUGUCGCGGGUUCGCAGGAUGGCAGUCAGCAGCAGCAAGACAAGAAGAGCCCCGCGGUGAGCCAGUGAGGCCAGGAGUCCCCGCGCCCUCCCACCAGAGGGCGACGGGGGCGCAAGCCCAAAAACGUGGCUCCCUAGCGGGGC